GGUGUUUGUAGUCAUAUCUAUGGAUAACAAUUGUGAGAUUCAGUCACUUCAGUGUUAAUGUUAUGUGAGGUCAGCGCUUAUGACGGUCUGAAUGAGACAUAAGAUGGCGAACGAUGGCAACGAAGGAGAAAAUCUUUCGAAAAAUGAUUUCACGGAAGAAAGCAUUGAAUCGCUUCGUAAAGAAGUCGAGCGAUUAAAGACACGUCUGGAAGAAGAGCGCAAAAAGCUUAAUGAUGUCACUUUUUCCUCUGCAGCCGAACGGUUAGACAAUGUAUUUAAUUUAAAUAUAAAACCCCGUCGAGUAUUGAAAGGACAUCAGGGAAAGGUAUUGUGUUGCGACUGGUCCUAUGAUAACAGACAUAUCGUCAGUUCAUCACAAGACGGAAAGCUCAUCAUUUGGGACGCAUUCACCACAAAUAAGGAACACGCCAUAACAAUGCCAACCACAUGGGUUAUGGCCUGUGCCUACGGUCCUUCCGGUAAUCUGGUUGCCUGUGGGGGUUUGGACAAUAAAGUUACUGUUUAUCCACUCUAUGUUGAAGAAGAUGUUGCGACCAAAAAGAAAAAUGUUGGGACACAUACAUCCUAUAUGUCCUGUUGUUUAUUUCCAGGAACUGACCAACAAAUAUUGACAGGAAGUGGUGAUAGUACCUGUGCGCUCUGGGAUGUCGAGUGCGCGUCACUCAUACAGAGUUUUCAUGGACACAGCGGUGACGUUAUGGCAAUAGAUCUUUCGUCAUCAGAGACGGGAAACACAUUUGUUUCAGCGGGCUGUGAUAGAACUGCAUUAAUAUGGGAUCUCCGAAAUGGUCAGUGCGUCCAGUCUUUUGAAGGACACGACGCAGACAUUAAUUCUGUCAAAUAUUAUCCGAGUGGUGACGCCAUUGCCACUGCCUCUGAUGACGCAACCUGCCGUUUAUUUGAUUUAAGAGCCGAUAGAGAAGUAGCCAUAUAUUCAAAACAGAGCAUAAUUUUUGGUGUAAAUUCUGUAGAUUUUUCAAUAAGUGGUCGACUACUGUUUGCCGGUUAUAACGAUUAUACAGUCAAUGUUUGGGAUACAUUAAAAUGCUGUCGACUCUGUAUUCUUUAUGGUCACGAAAAUAGAGUGACAAGUGUUAAGACAUCACCCGAUGGAACAGCUCUAUCGACAUGCAGUUGGGAUUUUAAUCUAAGGGUGUGGGCCUGAUUUAUACUUAACAUUAGUUUGUGAAAUAUAUUAAAAUAAGUUUAGGAUUGUUUGCUGACUUUCUCACAUAGUUUCGACCACUGGUUCGACUAUAAGAACCCAAUUAGUUGAUAACGGAUCUCAUCUCACGGUAUAAUCUCUCUUCAAGAUUACUGAUAUAUUGCGACAACUAAUUUGGUCACAAAAUAUGCGGUCUGUUAAUGUGCCGAUCGAUCCAUAAAAAACAGUGAGAAAAACAAUUGAUUAAAAAAAAUACUUCUAUGCAUUCAUUAAUUCAAUUCGUCAA